UAAAUACUUGGUGUGGGAGAAUUGACGUCCACACUCUCUCACUCUUCUUAUCUUCUGUAUAAACUCAACUCUUAAUCUCUCUGUUUAUUUCUCUUAACCUAAGCUCAACAAAAAAAAAUUAGCUUUAAUGGAGUUUGAGGAUCAAGAAGAGCAAGAUGAAGAAAUGGGUUUGGCAACGAGUUAUGACUCACUUGAUCACUUAUCUCAUGUCAAAAUGGUGAAUUCUGAAGCGGUACCAGAGGCCCAUCUUCCGAGGAAGCCCAGAUACAGAGAGUGUCUGAAGAAUCAUGCGGUCGGGAUAGGUGGACACGCGGUGGAUGGUUGCGGUGAGUUCAUUGCUGCAGGCGAAGAAGGCACACUUGAUGCACUUAAAUGUGCGGCUUGCACUUGCCACCGUAAUUUUCACCGCAAAGAGACCACCGAGUGCUCUGCCACAGUCGAACCUCUGUUUACCGGUGAAAUUUAUUUUCACCAUCCACAUGGCCACCUUCACAGCCCAAGCCAGGUCCCACAAUUUUCGCCUUAUUAUCGGAGCCCAGCUGGGUACCUGCACAUGGCCGCAGUGGCGCAGCAUAGGCCACUGACGUUGCCAUCGACAUCCGGCGGGGGAGGGACUCAUAGCCGGGACCGGGAGGAUCAAGAGGAUAUGUCAAAUCUUGGAGGGGGCUCACGGAAAAGGUUUAGAACAAAGUUUACGCAGGAACAGAAGGAUAAAAUGUUGGAGUUUGCGGAGAAGCUUGGGUGGAGGAUCAACAAGCAUGAUGAAGAAAUGGUGCAGCGGUUCUGUGAGGAGACUGGUGUGAAGCGGCAUGUACUUAAGGUGUGGAUGCAUAACAACAAAAACACUCUGGCUUUGGACUCAAAAGAGGGUAAUCAUCACUUAGAGACGGGGAUAUUGUGAUGCUGAAUUGCUGAAGAUUAGUUCUAAUAUGCUACUACCGCUUCUCUACUUUGGAUUUUAGUAGUAUUAGUUUCUAGGGUUUCUUUUUUUCUUAUUGUUUCAUCUAGGGAUUUAACAUUUGGCUGGAUGAUGCUUGGAUUAGAGUAUAUCAAUGUAGAUGAAAGAUCUUUAAUUUAAUAUCAGUGGUUCAUGAUUUUCA